UGUGGCAACAGGGUUGGUCAGGAGGUGGUUUUAAGGCGGAGCUUAAAGAAGGGUUAAUUAGUGGCACAGGUGUUAAUUAACUGUCGGUGUGCAGCUGGAGUUUCAGUGCGUGAAGGUAGCUACAGUUUCCACGAGAAUCAUGGCUCGAACUGGGUUUUGUGAUUCCAGGCAACUGUUGGACCUCCAUAUGACUGAGGAAAAACUGCCCCUGAGGACGUGGGCAAACAACUGUGUUCUGAAGGAGCGCAGAGUGUUUGAAGGCGAGGAGGUGCGACCAGGGCACAAACAUGCACAAGAGAAUCGAUGGGUUCGAAGGCUUCCUAUUUCUGCAGAGGAUGGGAUCAUAAUGGACUAUGCUCAACAAGAUGAGUCAGCGUCAACAGACAUUUUCCACCUACCCAGUGUGUGUUGUCUGCUAGAUGUCUAUGAAGAAGAGGCUUUGCUGAAGUAUCUUCACCGGUUGCCCUGUCCACCUAGUCUGCGAGAACUUAUGCCUGGUCUUCUGUGCAGAGAGGUGGAGGUGGCCAUCAGUAAGCUGGGGCUUCUCUAUGACAAAACCUACGCUUGGGACAUCUUCACAGACAUGAUGAGAAGUCAGCUGCUUUGCACUCUCCCAAACACUGACCUGCCCAUGCCUUUCACUAACACUACAAGAGCCAUCCUGGUGGAUUGGCUAAUUCAAGUCCAUGAAGUGUUUCAGUUUUCUGAGGAAACGCUCUAUCUAGCAGUUCACCUGUUGAAUCGAGCGCUCCGGCUUAUUAAAGUCUCCAUCACUGGCCUGCAGUUGCUCGGUGUGGUUUGCCUCUUCCUGGCUGCUAAGAAAGAGGAGUGUCUUUUACCAGAGGUGUCCGAGUUGUGCUAUCUGAUGGAGAACGCUUACAGUAAGAAACAGCUGUUACGGAUGGAGAGGAGAGUUUUAAUAGGACUCAAGUUUGAUCUCUAUUACUGCCCUCCACUUCACUUUCUUCUCAUCUCUGCUUCUAUAGCACGCUGCAGUGACAAGGUGGUUUGGAUGGCACGGUAUCUGUUGGAGCUCUCUCUUCUGGAGGGACAGUGUGUGGUUUAUCUGCCUGCUCAGCUGGCAGGUGCUGCCCUCCGUCUGGCCCGCAGGGUCCUGCAGGAAACUUUGUCUCCUGAGGGAGAGACUGCCUGGUGUAUUGCCGCCAGUAUCCAUAUAGGCAGUGAAGCCAUUCUCUUCAGUAUAAUGCAGAUCAUGGCCAUGUCAGCAGCCAGAGCACAUGGGUGUGAGACCCGUGCCACCUUCAUCAAGUUUUCUACCAUACAAACCCUCCACGUCAGUAUGCACCCAGCCCUCAAGACCACAUCUGGCCUACUAGGACUGCCGUGCACCCAGACGUGAAGCCCCAACAGAACCACAAAGAGGACAGAAUGAACAAAAGAUGUUUCAGGAUGGGGUACACAAGCACUGCUUGUCUGAUGAGAGCAAGAAAUGUGACCAGUCAGGAGUACGGUGUUGUACUAAUGUCUGUGAAAUUUAAAGAACACUUCCUUGAAACUGCUUAUUGGACUGAAUUGUUACCUUUUUAUAGCAAUCUUGUCACUUAAUGUAAAAAAAAAAAAGAAUUUUGUAUUUAUGUCUUUGUAUCUUUUAAGUGUUUAUCAAUGCUUUUGGUGAAAACUUUAUAUAUUGGAAAAGGUGUUAUGGUGUCUUAUGGAAUUAAAGCACAUUGAGACGCGU